AUGCGAUAUCUUCAUAAGGACCACCUUCUUUGGACAGAAUCGAUCAACCAUCAAGUCCGUGAACGACUUCAAACUGCUGGAAAUUGUGCCCGAGCUUCGGACGAAACUGCUCUAACAAAGCUUUGGCCUGCACUGAUCCUCGUCUCCGGCUGCGAUGGUGGAUUCCGUGUUGGUGCAAAAUGCGAAUCUGAAAUUUCUGACGCUACAGGUCUCAUUACUGGACUCUUGAAUCGCGCUACUGGACAAAUUCGGGUUCAAUGGGAUACAACUGAUUUUGAACCGAAUCAGCCGAUUCCGGAUACGCAUCUCAAAGCUCUUCGAGCAACUCAAAAUGAUUGCUUCGAUUUAGAACAAUUUGGCGAAAUCUCUCCAGAGACAAUCUUGUCGCUCUUCCGACUUGUCGAGAACGAAGCUUUUGCAACAAAAGACAACUCAAACGCUACAUCGCCAUCUGUUACCCCGGCUGUGUCGGCCAUGGACAACUCUGUUUCGUCAAGCAGGCCCCCUUUGGGGGAGCGAAUCAAAGCUCGAGCCUUUGCAGGAUUCAUGGUGCAAUCCGCAAUGCUGCGAUUCAUUAUGCUCUACUUUGGCUCUACGAAUGUCGCCCAAGUAAACUCGGCCCGCGAAGUCCUUCAGCGACUGGUGAUGGAAGCGUCAAAGCCAAGCUCUCUCGAAAUCGGCGUAAACCUAAUGGACCUAAACCGAUCCGCGAACAUACUCCUCGCUUCUGCUAUGGGCCAGGCUACUCAACUGGAUUCUAGUCAUUCCUUAUCAAACGAAAGUAUCGCUUUGGAAACAUCUGACGAGGACCUAGAAGAGCUCGAAGAAGAUGAUGAGGAAAUGUCGACUGAUGAAGAUGACACCAUUGAAGAGCCGAUUUCUCACGGCCGUGCAAGGAACGCGAUCGAACAACUCCUCGAAGAACAUCACAUGCGACAGUCUACUGAGGGUGGCGGUCACUUGACCACACCUGAACCCUUGCCUCCCGCACCUCUUCAAGCUACAGAUAAUCCUACUGGUCGUCGAAUGUCAGUGCUUCGUCCCUCUCGUUUCGGCGCACCACAACGAUUCAGUAGCUCUGCCUCUUCUCACAGCGUUUCAGCAGAGGAAUUUAGCGGUACGCCUUCUCAUCCGUCACAGACUGCACAGAUUGCACCGCCGAUGCCACCUCCACCAGCACCAGAGCCGCCAGCAGUGACGAAUCUAGUGGAAAUGGGUUUCGCCCUCGAUCACAUAAACAGCGGUAUUCAAAGGCUUAAUCUAACUGCACGAAGUAUGAAUGCUAAUCAAAUCGCCAUGCUCGCUUCAUGGUUGAUUGAAAAUCCAGCCCCAGCCGUGAUGCAGCCUUCCCAGCCUCAAAGUCCAAAUCCAGAGGAUGAAGAUAAUUCGGAGGAAACGAAUGGAGACCAGAUGGAUAUUCAACCUCUUUUGUUCGACCUGGAAGACUCACGAGUUGCAGAUGCAUUCGAGCUCAUCGAUCAGCCCUCGACUACUCGGCUGGUGGACGAGGGUGCGACCGGACCGGAGACCAGAUGGCCCAACAACGUCAUUCCUCCGCCAAGACAGCAACAACCAAACAGCAUUCUAGCGCAAUUGUUUGACGUUGAAGAAGGAAACGUAAACGAGCGACUCAAAGGAAUCCUCCAUGUUUUCCGCAGUGGGCAAAUGGCUGAUUCUAACGUUGAAGAUCUUACUCAAGGACUUGCGUCAAUGCCCAAGAAACUCAACGAAAUCGCUGGUCAAAUUGGCUUAGCAGGAAACGACAUCCCUGAUUCUGUCGUUCCAGAAGGGCCAGAUCCACUCGGUGAAAAGCGACUGUUUAUGAAAGACAUCAUUGAUGAUAAGUUUGAGCCGAAUCAGAAGAAUGCCAAGGAGCUUAUGACCAAGUAUCGCCUUUCGCAGCUGAUCGGACAGACGAAACUAAACUGGACCGAGAAGUGCCACAUCAUGAGUUCGAUUCUCGUGGCGGUGAAGGUUUUGACAGCCCGAGCAGUCGUGCUCAGAACUCUUGCCAUGGCCGCUGUUCAACCCUUUGAGAAGAUUGCGCCGACGCUAAAGCAAUUCGGCCUCGAUGAUGUUAAUCUUUUGGUAAAGCUGCUUUACUUGUCCGCGGCGACCAAAGAAUUUAUGCCGAAGAACUCCAAGUCGUCAACGAUUCUCGAUCAGGAGACAGCAUCCCACACGCCACAGUCUCCUGGAUACGUUUCUAUCAAACACCUCAAGCGUGCAUUGGAAGCGCUGGCUGCUGAUCCAGAAAAAGCGGAAGUCAUUAUUGACAUCGUUACAAAGAAUCUCACUCAUUUCGCGAAAAAGGGGCUGGCAGCAACCGUCAAAUCCGACACUCGCUACGCUGUUGUUCAAGUUCUCAUCACAAUCCUUUCUGGCGCUCGGCGAACUGUUAAUCCAGAAGAUGAUCUAUUUUUGCGAACAAAAAAGGGCAAAAUCGUUGCCAAUUGUCCCCCAUCACAAGUUCACCGUCUUUUGGAUGGCUUCGCACUGUGUGUCCUGAGUCGCAACUUCCCCAAGGCGGAAAAGCAUUGGCUGGUGUUCAAGCUCAACGAGCUCUUCGAGUCACUCGAUGCCGAUCGCGUCUCGAACGCGCGAAAGGCGAAACUCUUCGACGGCAAAUUAUUAUCACCUCUGCCGCGCUUCGCUGAUGAUAUAGCGAUCGGCCCGUGCGCCGAGACAUCUGACAUUCUAUUCAACGAGUCUAUCAACCAAAUCGCGGUCAUCGUUCACAAGCCCGCUGCUGUGCGAUUCUACAAGUUAGACCAGACCUGGCAACUGAACAGAGUUGUAAUUGGCGAAAAUGUCGAAAAAUUCGACCAUGUCUGCUGGUCAAAAUGUGGCAAGAUCUUCGUUGCUGCUCAUAAACAAACCGUCUACCUCUGGGAUCUUCAAAAUGAUGGUUUCGAUAUCAAUGGCAACUCACCAGAAGCGAUCAAGGAUGUCCAGCAAGAACUGGAUUUUUACCAAUCCGAGAAGAAUACAAUGAAGAAGACGUUUAUUGAGCGAAUCACAGCGAUAGCAUUCAGGGACAACUUCAUCUAUGCUGUGCUCGAGAAUAAUUCACUCCAGGAAAUGCAUGUCAACACGGUCCACCGAAAACUAAUCACCUUCGCAACCCAUUAUCUUCCUUCAAAUGGAUCUCCAUCCCCUGGCUCCAUCAAUAAAAUCGACGUUUUCAGCAAUGGAACUCCCAUCGCGUAUUCCAAACAAGGUCAUUUCUAUGCGCUGGAUAAAAGCUCAGCAUCUGAAAAUGGCAGAAAUAUCAAUACUUUCCAUUUUGAUACCGAAGUCGACGAUCUUAUCCAUGUGCCUUCAGAUAAAGGCCUAACCGCGAUCUUAGUUGGACCAAGUUCAGAUCUUAAACUUGUCAGUUUCUACAAACAAGUCGACAUUAUUGGCCAUUUUGAGCAUGAAACUAAAGUCACCUCGGUUUCUCUGACGAAGCGCAACGAUAGCGAAAGCAUUCUCGCCUGUGGAACAUCCGAUGGAAAGACAGUCGUCUGGAGAAUCUGGACGAAUGUACUUGUUGAAGUUCAAAAAGCAAAAUCAACCGAUGAGAUCGGUCACCACAACGAUGAUAUACCGAUCAUUCCGGUGAAAGUUUCGAAUUCUGCUCCUGCUGUGGUGCCGACUUCGGUUUCCAUCGAAAAAAUCGCUGAACUGGAAUGUUUCAACACCUCCAUCGAACAGCUUUAUCUCUCACAAGAUCUGAGCACUCUAUAUGUCGCAAGCCUUGGUAAGGUUCAAUUCUGGGACAUGGUCAAGCCCGAGCCGAUCCUGCUCAGCGUAUUGGACACUGGAUUAUCUGAUGCAAAGAUGGUCUUUCCGUCAUCCGAUCCUGCUCGACACUGGAUAACUUCUACUUCUCCGGGCUCCCGUAUUAUUAAGAGUUUCAGCGUUGAAGCAGCCAACCUGGCCCAAUUGCGGUUACCAUCGAUGGGUGCGAAGCAGCUACAAAAAUAUAAUCUUGAAAAAGCCCCAUUUAUAUUCUACUCGCUCAUCAUCCGCCUGCCAAAAAUACUGAAAGCUCAAUUCAAGACCGAGUAUGGCGACGUCAAUACGGACAAGCAGCUUCAAUUCUCGCUUUAUAUGAAGAAACUUGUCUCAAUCACAUGCGCACUCAAAUUGCACGGACGCAUUGGUUACCACCACGCUAGCAUUUUCGACGAUGCUCCUCCGCGUGAGAAAUCUGACUAUCUAUGGCUCGCGCGCAUUUCUGACGGCCUUCGCACUGUUGCGCAGAUGGGUAUGAAUCGAUUCCCGUAUCAUCUGCCUUCUUCAUGGCAUAAGAAAUGGACUGUGGAAAAAGAUAGCGCCUUGGUUGAAUGGUAUGAAGCCGAGGAAGAAUCCUGGCGAGGUGUCAAAGCGAAAGCAUACGUCUGGGGUGGAGUCCGACAUGGCCAACUUGGAAUCAAUAUGAAUGUAGGAAGACAUUGUGCGUCUCCUAGACGACUUGAAGCUUUCGAUAAUAUGCAAACGAUUGAGCUUGGCUUGAACUGCACUUUUCUCUGCACAUCAACUGGCGCAGUAACAUCAACUGGCGAAGGCUCUUACGGCCGUUUAGGGCAUGGAAACUCGGAUGAUCUCAAUGUGCCAAGCCUGGUAAAUGCUCUUCAGGGAUUCAUCGUCACUCAAAUCUCCUCUUCUGUUGGCUCAGACGGCCACACCCUGGCAAUUACCGAAAGCGGGGAGCUAUUCACUUGGGGUGAUGGCGAUUAUGGAAAACUCGGCCAUGGAAACUCAGAGAGACAACGACGACCGCGCCUUGUCGAAGCACUAGUUGGCGAAACCGUCAUAGAUGGUUGCUGUGGAUACAAGCACACAGCCGUUGUCACAGCUAGUGGCUAUCUUUAUACAUUCGGUUACGGUGAUUACGGUAGGCUUGGACAUGGAAACACGACCUCAAAGAAAACUCCAACUAUGGUCCACGAUUGUAGCAAUAUUGCCAGCGUGAGUUGUGGUCUAAAUCAUACUCUCGCUCUGUCACGAGAUGGUAUGACAGUUUGGGCCUUCGGUGAUGGUGAUUUCGGAAAACUAGGUCUUGGUAAUACUCUUGCUGUUCAGUCGCCUAACAAAAUUGCUGCUCUUGAAAACAUCGGAAUAAAAUCCGUUCACUGCGGCCAUCAAUGGUCCGUCUUCCUUGCUGUCAAUGGUGACGUUUAUGUUAGUGGCCAAGAUGCAUUCAAUGGAAUCGGUGGACCUGGACAAACCGUCAUUCCAACUAAAUUGACGUCAAUCAACAAGCGUAUCGUUCAAGUCUCAUGUGGCGCUGAAUACACACUUGCGCUAGAUGAUGAUGGCAACGUCUGGGCCUGGGGAAACAACUCUGACGGUCAGAUUGGCUGUGGCCACUUCAACAAGGUUCAUGAACCAAUGCUUGUCUUCAAUGGGCACCGAAUCAAGCAGAUUCGCGCUGGAAAAUCUCACAGUAUCGCUUGGACAAGCCCACCUAAGUCUGACUUUGGUGGAAACAAUCUUGGAACACCCGAUGCUAUUCCAGCGAAAUAUGCGGUCCUGAAGUCGGAAGACAUAGAGGAUUGUCGACUUCGACUGAAGCACCUACACAAGUUUAAUGAGACCGUCUUUAGAUGCUGGAAAAUGCUGGAUCUAUCUUCGAAACCGGUAAGUCUGAUAUUUCAUUUACAGGUUUUAUUGCCGUGGCAGUGA